GACAGUGUUAACAAGGAUAAAUGCGGCACUGAGAUAAUUUUGGGUAAGUGCAAGAAGAUGUGAACUCCAGAUGUGGACACGAAACCUCUUAAACAGUGCAUAAGUAGCGUAUUGAAAUUUUUGUCAUAUUGUCUUUGCUUGAAUAGUAGGUUGCUAGUACCAGUGAUUGUGAAAUAUCAGAGAGGAGCUGUGACAGCAGUUAUGAACAUGAGCUUGUUUGUGCUGCUUCUGCUGUCAGGACUUCUGUUCAGUGCUUCUGGUCUUUUGCGAAAUUAUCAGUACAUAAACAUAAGCAUGACAUGGACAGAUGCUCAGAGUUACUGUAGAGAGAGAAACACUGAUCUGGCUACUGUAGACUCGAUGGAUGAUGUGAACAGGAUAAUAAAUUCAGUGAAUGAUGGGUACAGAGGAUCAGUGUGGAUUGGACUGCAGACGGCAAUCCAGAGCCGUUGGGUUUGGUCAAAUGGAGAAGAUACCAUUUCACAGUACAAUGCAUGGAACAGAGGAGCACCUUAUGGAACUGGAGAUUGUGUUUCAAAUUACAAUAAUGCUUGGUACUCUAAUCGGUGUGAAACCUACUAUAGUAUAGCGUGUUACAAUGCAAGUACUGGAUAUGUCAAAAUAAAUUCUUUGAAAAACUGGACAGAUGCUCAGAGUUACUGCAGACGGUAUCACACUGAUCUGGCCACUGUCCACAACUCUCAAGAGCAGCAACAGCUACAUGCAGUUCUUGGAAGUCCUCCUAGCUUCUGGAUCGGUCUGUACUCAGACUCUUGGCAGUGGUCUGAUCAGUGGAACCUCACCUUUAAAAACUGGGCAGCAGGACAUCCAUUGGGGAAAUAUGGUAACUGUGCUGCUAUGUCAACAACUGACUCUGGGAAAUGGGUUCGAUACAGCUGUGACCAAAAGUACAAUUUCAUCUGCAAUGGAGCAGUCAGUAGACAGAUUGUCAGACUGAACUUCUCCAAUGAUGGGAAACAAAACUUGAAUGAUCCUUUGGUACAGGCUGCCAUUCUUAAUGAGAUAAAUAUAAAGCUAGAGAGUCUUGGACUGGAGAACGCACAGAUUAACUGGAGAAAGGAUGAAGAUGGAGAGGUGUUUCAUCUCAGCAAACGUACAGUCACAGUCAAUUCAAGUACUACAUGUGAUAAGCACCCCUGAACUGUGGUUUUUAAUGUAAAACUUUAGAACAGCCUCAAGAGAAUAUAAAACACACAUAUUUCAUAUUUAAGCUGUGUUUUUAAUAAAGAUUGAUGUGACAAUGAGGUAAAUUAAUUCUAUAGACUUCAUACUGUUCAGUACACUAACUUUUCUUAUUUUCUAAGCUACUUUAUGCCACUGUUAAUGCUUUUGGUGUAUACAGUAGCAUAAUGCAAAUAUUAAAUAAUGAUAGAAAUUAUCAGGUGAAUCUUAGACAUCUGUGCAUUAGCCUACUGUGUGUGCAACAUAAUAUAAAAUAUUUUAUUCUGAGGAUUAAUGUAAAACUAAACAUAAUGUAGAUUUAUAUUUUAGAAUGAAAUAAAAUUUGCAUUGCAAAAUUAGGAAAAUAUUAGUUACAUUUUAUUCAUUCUUGUUAAGUAUAUAGCAUGAAAGUAGCCAUUGUAUACUGUUAUAUUUAGAGUAGCAAUUUGACAAAAGUUAUUUGUUCAUUGAAAACAAGUUACUGUACUUGCUUAUGGAAAUAAAUCUCUCUCUCUCUUGCUCUCUGUCUUUUCUGGAAAAAAAAACUAAUGAAAAUAAAUGUUGACUGUUUAAUAUAAGAAUCAGUCAGCUGUCUGUCUCUCAUUAUUGGUAUAAAACCGGUAAAUGGUUGGUUUAAUGUGAACAGUAAAGAACUCAGUGUGCUUAAACGUUUACUCACAUUGA